UGCUGUGUCACAUUCACUGACUCCACCAACAAAAAUGUUUUUUGGUUUUUUAACUUUCACUUUCUGCCUCGCCAUUUACAAGAAGUCACGUGAAUGCAGGGUUAGAUCUGGAUUCCCCUUCUAGUUCCAUUGCAAUGACAUGAUAUGUAUUGUAUUCAAGCACACUGUGUACAUUCUUUGUCAUUUAAAAAAAAAAAAAACGUAAAUGUCUAAAUAAUCGUUGCAAUUGUGAUCAAUCAUUGUAUUGAUGAACAGUUCCACGGCAGCUUUAAGACAAUGAGGAACAGCUGGUAAACAAGCACAGCGUUGGCUAGGUGCCAACCCCUGCUGGGAAUAUGAGGUGAUUCCCAGUUACACCAGCUUGCAAACUGAAUGUAGAGCUGCAUUCACACACAUUGGUAGUCUUUAGGCUGUAGAAUGGAAAUGCUGCUCGGGCUUUCAAUGACAAACUCUCCAGUGUCCAACACGUGCACGUUGGUGAGGUUUCUUUCCGUGGAUGCUGUUGGAAUGAAGCGUUUGAGUGAAUCAGGAAUAUGGAGGAAAUGUUGGGUUCAAAGGUCACGUGCACCACACCUUAUCAGCUGGCACCGAAGAAGUUGGCAUUAUUGUUAAUGAUGACGAUAUUUAUUAUUAUUGCAAUUAUGAGUAAUCCAUCAUGUACUGUCAUUGUCAUUGUUUUGCACUGAGACGAAAGUGAAAGUAUCCUCGACCCUCUGACGUCCUGGAUUCAACGCCCUGAAGUGUCAUUUUAUUUCUGAGCCGCGGAGCCGAAAGCAGCGCAGCAACUCGCGCACACACUCCAAGAAAAACAGCACGACAAAUGGGGAAAAUCUACCAGGUCGUUGUGCACGGGCUGAGGGGGGAGAAGAUGGUGGUCGACCUGUGCAACACGGACGAGCAGUUUAAGAACAUGACGGUUCUGCAGCUGAAGGAAAAGAUAGGAGAGAGACUCCCGGAGACCACAGGAGAGGAUGCUCUGCGGCUGAUCUUCACAGACAAGAUGCUGGAUGGAAACGACGGGCUGCUGUCCGUUUAUGGGAUCCAGCACAUGUCCGUCAUCCACAUGGUGGUGAAGGUUCCUGGAGGACUGACCGCUUGACAGAGACCAACUCCGCCUGCCGCUGUUUACACACUUUUAAAGCAUUUUAGUGCAAUGUUCCUUUUAAAAUUGCCAUGUUUUUAAAAACGCUGCUGCUGUUCUGCAAAAUAAAGAAAAGUUAUGUC